GUGCGAAGACCCAGGCCAGAUAGGCCGCUGUCCGAAUGUGGAGCUCUGGUGCUCGGGCUUUGCUUUGCGUGUGGGAGGUGCGGCUUGCUGGGUUCCUGGGUAGGAGCUUGCUGAGCACCAAUGCUGCCUCGGGGAAGAGCAAGGCGCGGCAGUGCUGGAAUUGCGGCAGCGCAGGGAGUGUGGAGAGUGGGGAUGGGUUCUUCUGCGAACACUGCUGCGCGUUGCAGCCUCCUGACCCGACUCAGGACUACUUCAGCCUCCUGAAUUGUCACCGAUCCUUCAAGGUUGACAUCGUGAAACUUAAGCACAGGUACCAUCAACUACAAUGUCUCAUCCAUCCAGAUUUCUUCAGCCAAAAGUCUCAGACUGAAAAACACCUCUCAGAGAAGCAUUCGGCCCUACUGAAUGAUGCCUAUAAGACUCUUCAGGCUCCCCUGAGCAGGGGACUAUACCUUCUAAAGCUCCAAGGAAUAGAAAUCCCUGAAGGGACAGACCAUGGAACAGACAGUCAGUUCCUUGUGGAAAUAAUGGAAAUCAAUGAGAAACUCGCACACGCUCAAAGUGAGGCUGCCAUUGAAGAAAUAAAAUCCACUGUCAGAGCUAAACAGAAAGAAUUUACUGACAAUGUAAACAGAGCUUUUGAACAAGGUGAUUUUGAAAAAGCCAAGGAAAUUCUAACAAAGAUGAAAUACUUUUCAAACAUUGAAGAAAAGAUCCAGUUGAGCAAGAAUCCCUUAUAGCUGCUAAUUUAAAGUUAUAAAAGUUAAACUUUCUGUAUUUCUUUUCUGGCU